AUGGAUAUAUCUCUCAUUCUUGGGAUUCCUACAUCACACAUUUCCCGACCGGACUCAAUGGGAUGGUUCUUCACGCGGACAGGGAAAUAUACGGUAAAAUCAGGAUAUGCUUUGGCACAAAAAACUUGGGAGGACAGUAUCCCCCCUGUUUUUGGGCCGGACACAAGGAGCCUUCAGGCACAGGUUUGGAAAGUGAAAUGUACUCAAAAACUACAACACUUCCUUUGGCAAUCUCUGAUGGGUUGUAUAGCGGUAGGGGAUAGGCUCAAAAGUCGGGGAAUUCGAAUAGACCCCCAAUGUAUGCGAUGUGGAAUGGCGCCAGAAACAGUGAAUCACACACUGUUUGAAUGCCCUCCUGCACUUCAAGUCUGGGCAUUAUCGCCAAUUCCAACGGUCCCUUCCCAGUUCCCAACGGGAAGUAUUUUUGGAAAUCUGGCUCACCUUUUUUGGGAACUGCCACAAGAUGACAGGAUGGAGAUUUUUCCUUGGCUAGUCUGGUAUAUUUGGAAAUCCCGCAAUGAUAAGGUGUUAAGCAACAUAGAUUGGGACCCUUAUGAUAUUAUUACGAAAGCGACAGGGGAGGCAUUGGCUUGGAAAAAAGCCCAAGAAAAGCAAGAUAUGGGAGGCCCAAGGUUAGAACCCUCUGUGGAGAUUGUUACUUCGGGUGACCGUUGCCAAGUGGACGGGGCAUGGAAGGAAACAGACUGCAGGGCCGGACUGGGCUGGUUUUAUUUUAAUACGGAAACGAGGAGCAAGCUUAUGGGCACACGUAACCUGAGACGAGGUAUAUCAUCACUUCAGACCGAAUUAGAGGCUCUCAUUUGGGCUAUGCAGUGUAUGUUAAGGCACAACAAACUAACGAUAGUAUUUGAGACGGAUUGUUCCGAUUUGGUGAAGAUGGUGUCUAAGCCAGAGGAGUGGCCGGCUUUUGCUAUCCUACUUGAAGAGAUUGACAUAUGCAAGACGAGAUUUUCCUCUUUCACCAUCGUCCACAUACCCCGGGCAAACAACACGAAGGCAGACAAGCUAGCACGUAGUGCUCGAGCUCUACCUACUGAUGUGUAUUAUGUUAACUCUGUUUCACCAACUUGGAUCUCCGAGUUGAUUUAG